GAUCGAUUUUCCCUUAGUGGUAGAGUCCUUCUGCAAACAACAUACUUUUACGAUUUAAACUCCGUUUAUAAAGAGUAGGGGAUCAAAAUUCAGCACAACAUAAUAAGCAACUGUACUAGGCAUUCCAUUCAUGGCCUUCUUCAACAAGUUGUGGCUCCUGUUUUUGAAAUUGUUCACCGCAGCAAAUGAUUUCUUAAGCCAGGUAAUUAGGACUCCGAUUUGCACACCGUUCAGCCCUUCAGAUGCCUUAGAAGAUGAAUUUAACACGGUAAAUAGCAUCAGUUCCACCUCCAACCCAACUGAUGAAGUAUCUCUCCUCCCCACUGCGGAAGAGAUCAUGGAUUCUUCAGUGUCUAAUUGGGAACUGCUGCCUAAGGACAUUCUGGAUUUAAUCCUUGAUAGAUUGGUGUAUGUUGUCGACUAUCUCUAUUUUGCUGGUGUAUGCAAGGAAUGGUACCUUGUUGCGCAAGAAUACAGAAAAAGAAGACACAACAUCGAUGCAUUCCAUCCUCACCAGCUUCCUUUGCUCUUGAUUCCUCACGAAAAGCUUAUAUGUAGUGUCAUCCACGGCAGAGUCAGCCACAUAAAAUCAAACGUACAUCUAAAUAAAAGGUGUUUCGGUUCUUCGCUUGGAUGGCUGAUGUAUUUGGACCAGACAUUGAGUAUGAUUCUAUUAAAUCCUUUCUCCAACAAAAUCAUCAAACUACCUCCGAUUAUAGACAAAGAAGGGGUCCUAGUGGAUCCUCUGAGUAAGACUGUUGUUAUUAAGAAAGGAGUUUUAUCAAAGGAUCCGGAAUUAUACCCCAAUGAUUUUAUGGUUGCGAUCAUAUGCGGUCCAAUGUCUCAAUUGGCAAUCUAUAAAUCAAGUGUACAGUCUUGGGCAUUCUUGAUUGACCUUCCACGUAUAUUCCAUGAUAUUAUUCAUCACAAAGGAGAUUUUUAUGCUGUAGAUAUCAAAAUGCGUAUUGGAAGGAUUGAUGUUGCUGGCAUUGAAAGAUGUUCGUGGGUUCGUAUGAGAUUGGUAUCGCUAUUAGCACAAAAAACACAGUUGAGAUUGGGAUUAACAACACUUCCUCAUGACUAUAGAUUUCAUUUGGUGAGUUCAUCUGAUGGAAAUUUGUUACUGGUUCGAGGGACUUGUAGCAGAGAUUUCUACAAGAAAGAUUCAUUCACAAGCAAAUUUUGGGUUUACAAGGUGAAAGGACUGCAUGAGUUCGCAAAUCUGGUUGAGAUUAAGGAUUUAGGAGGCAAUGCAUUGUUUUUAUGUGAAAAGUUCUCUGCAUUAAUCCCUACCCAUGGCAUUUCUAAGUUACAACACAAUUGCAUAUACUACACAAACUGCAAUUCUGAAGUUCCUAAUCCUCACGGUGCCAGUAUCUUCAAUUUAACCAAGAGAAGUGUCAAAUCUCUUCAAAUUCCUGGAGACACUACAAAAUCACUGCCUAUGGUUUGGAUCACUCCAGCACUAUAGGGAGAUUUCGCUUGAGCACUACGGUCCUAAACUAUUUGGUUUAUACUCAUUUGUUUCCCUUCGACAUUUGAUAAUUCUCCUAGGUUUUGUUUAUUGUCGUUGAUGUUUCUGGAUUUUUGAUUUGAUUCUUUACAUUUAGUUUUUGCUUAUGUUUAUUUUUCGCUCUAUCAUGCUAUUCUCCUUCGUCUUCCAAUUUACAUGUUUGUUGGAGAUGAAAGAAAUCCCUAUUUCCCUGCAAGAAAUGGAUUCAGUAUUU